GAGACAAAGAACAAGACGUCCAGAUAACGACUUGGAUGUACAUACAGUCUGCAGCUGGCAACAGGCGAGGAUUUCCUUAUCGGUCAGCAUCAUGGCAUCAGAGGAGAGGCGGCUCGUUACAGUCAGGAUGAAGCUGGUUAUCAUGUGCCUGUGCAUGCUGCAUUUGUCUCUGACCAGUGCUGGACUCUUCAUCCACAACGAUCUGCAAACUGCCCACACCAAUGUGUCAGUCAGCAGGGGAAAAGCCUCUCAAAGUACAGCAGGAUCUUCGAACCAAGGCAGACAGAGACCACUGUUUGCGAGGAGAGGACAGUACGAACGACAAAGGAUUUAUGUGCAGAAGCCCAAAGCAGUCCCUGUUCUUCCAAAGGACGUUCCCCCUCCUUCUAAAGUAGCACUCAAACCUGUGAAGCCCAAGUGCUCUCAGCUUACACAAAGCUGUAUGCCUCAGUCUGGCUGCUGUGACCCAUGUGCCAAAUGCCACUGCCGCUUCUUCAAUGCAAUCUGCUACUGCCGGAGGACAAAGUCGUAAUACGAGGAGAGAGCAUAAAGGACACAAAAUACACCAGAAACGAGGCACAAAAAUAAGCUCAAACACACACUGCAGGCCAAUGAACAGAGAUGCCGUCACCCAUGCUGCCACAUCACCUCAACACACAGACUGAUGCAUCAUAUGAAUGGGACAAUAGGUAUCAUCCCACAAAGUCAGCCUCUUAAGACGAUAAAGGCACAUUUGAAGAAGUUAAAAAAACUUUAAUACCUCUUGUGAAAGGCAGCUGCUUGGAAAAACUAUUAUAUCACCAUAUACUUAAGCUUAAAUUCUUCUGUAAUACUUUUAUUGUCAUGGGAAUUCCUUUGAACAAUACUUAUUGUAUGUUAUCAGUAUUAUCAUUAUUGUUGUUAUUAUUUUUUAUGUCGCAGACGUGGUAUUUCACCACUGUUACAGUGUUUCAGCACUGGUGUCUACAUAUAUUUUCUGUAUGUGUUUUGUUUUAUUAACAUUAUUAUGACUCUACAUGUGUCAAUUACAUAACUGAGCUUUAUCUGAUUAAAGAAGUUUAUUAUCAGCUCCAAGUCACAGAUAUUUGACAGCAAUCGGGUAUUAAAUCAAUUAAUUUAACUGUGCUUUCUUGUGUUAUUGCUCUCCUGCAAAAUGAAUUCAUACCACAUGGUCUCUUCAAUCGACUGUCUCUAGCUGCAGUCUUUAAAGUGUCAUCUUUGGGUAUAUUAAUGUGUGUUUGAAACGCAAGUGCUAAAAGUACAAGCCCCAAAGUAAGGUGAAACAGAAGACUACAAACAUGACAGUGAGGUAACGGUAAAGCACUACUGGAUUGUUUGGAUAAUAGCAUUCAUGGCAUUCAUCAUUGAUAAUACACAGACAGAUUUCUGUUUUAAAAAAGCUGAUUUUUGUACCUCAAAAUAAAUGUUGUCAAUUAUUCAGAA